GACCCAAUUGGACCAGUGUUAGCUAGUGCCGAACUGGCCAAUCGAUUGCACUUGGCGGCAAACAGCUGUGGGUCUAUCGGAAAUGGAGCAUGUGCGAAGUGAAACUAAAGAGCUGGUACAAAAGCUCGUGAGCCUAAGCAUAACCGAAAAUGAGGAGGAAAUUUCGGCAAUACUCAAGAACCUACGACUGUUGCUCACAAAAGGCGGGAAAAAUCAGGAGACGUUGGCCGAAAGUGUGGAGUUCUCCAGCUUUUUAGAUGCCCUGGCUUUCAAUCCAACGAUGCGCACAGAGCAUCGAAUCAUACACAAUCUCUCUCUGCAGGUGCUGGCCAAUAGUGUUGUUAACAAUGAGACCACGCAAGCACUUACCUGGAGUCAGCAUGGCUUGAAGAUCGCCGAGCAAGCUUACGCUUCUCCUUUGGGAAGUUCCAAUAAUGUGCUCCUCAUGAUCAUGUACAACAUAUACCUGAGUGGUCGUGGUCUGAUCACCGACUUGGUGGCACUUACAACUUGUUUGCAACUGUGGCGGGCUCUAAACGAGGCCCAGUGCACCUAUAACUUCGAGUACCUACACUUCUUCCUGGAGCACUUCAUUGUUCAGAAUGGACGAGCCUGCGUAGCUUGUUACCAGAAGUUAGAGACUGAAGAUCGUGUUGCUUUCCUUGACUACGUGGCCCACUAUCUGAGGGAAAACAGUCCCAAUGGCGAUGUUACUCUGUUUUUGCUUCAGCAUUUUGCCAAAGAAUUCCGCAUGAAAUCCGAUUGUCUUCUGCGCGAAACUAUUAAGCUUAAGCAUGAGCUUCAUCCCCGUGAAGUUCACACAUUACUGCGCAUCAUCGCAAGUGCCAGCGGCUCUGAGAAGUAUGCCAAUGUGUACUCCUCGGACCAAUCGCUGUUCAUCAACGUCAGCAGUCUGCUAAGAUGCGUUGUGUCUGCUGGCAAGGAACCGGAUGGAGGCGGCCUGGAUAAGCCCAUGACGAAGCUGGAGGAGGUGGCCCUCACUUCGGGCAUUGAUGCGGGCUAUGAAAAAAAGGUCUCCUAUGAACUUAAAACGCUACUCGUACGCUGUUCAGCCAAUCUUCUGUAUGACAACAAGGCCAACAAGGGUUACUGCCUGGACACACAGCUGCUGCCUACCCUUCUAGAAUGCACAACGAUGGAUGCUCGAAACCCGUUGAUGCGGGAGUGGAGCAUCCUAGCCAUCCGAAACGCCUGCAUAAACUGUCCGGAGGCGCAACAGGUGAUCGCAGGCCUGACUAUGCAGGGCUCCGCGCCCAACGACAUCCUCACCGAACUCAAUCUGGACAUGGGCGCACUCCGCAUCUGUGAUAGGCAGCAAUAGUUCAGCUAGCAGCAUACAUCUACCCAUAAGAAAUUGGCAAACGAGGCAUGACCACUGGCUGGCCAACAAGUGGUUAGAUGUUAUUCACACCACGUCAUCCUCCGCGCAGUCGUUGGCCCCCUUUUUCAGGCUUUACGAUGCGCUAAUGGCAUGCCAACAGAUAGCCAAAGGCAUUCAUAAAAGCGAUGUCAACGUUUAAUGGUAAAUCGGGGGAAUGUGGCGUACGGCUAGCGUGGCGGGCAAAUAUAUAAAAAUAGCUGCCCAUGUACCAUGCUCUGUGUACCAUUAAAAAAGCGAUGCCUAAAUCCAUCUAAGUUCUAAAUUUGUGCGCACACUGCCGCAGCAACGGAAUCAUCGGCGGAGUAGAGUUCAUGUUUAUGGCGUAAUUAAGCAACGAUGACGUCUGCCCGAGUAAUUCCUUCGGCGGCUUGCUGCAGGUGGCAGCUCCGCCCUACCCAAAUCCCACGUCCGAUUCCGCUCCCAGAGGCGUAUGUAGAACGAUUUUAUGUUUAUGCUGGCUAACAAUGGCUGCCUUUGUUAUUUUUUUCUUGGCUCGUCGCGCUCCCAAAAAGAAAUGCGAAGGAAGAGGCAGGCGAGCGACAACCACUGGUGGCUAGUAGCCAGUCAGUCUGUGCUCUGCCUUGGCCAGCAGCAGACGGAGCCGUACCGCCGCGAUCCGAUCGAGUCGAUCGCAAGGAAUUGUAAAGCCCAAAGAUCGCGCUCUUUUAUUUCCAAUUGUGGCUCGCUUCACGGGCAAUAUAGCCAUUUAUUUCGGUUGUUAUCGCUUGUUCGCCUCGAUCUUUAGUCGGUAGUUUAACAAAAUUUUAUUUUAAACGUGCCGGGCCGCUCAUAAAAACCAAACACAGCGGUCAUAAACAAUUAGCCUGAGACCAGCGCCAGCCAGCCAGCGAGCCAGAGAUCUCCGUUGCAUCGGUGCAGCUUUAAUGGUAAACACCGGGGGUAUAGCUGCUCUUAUAUAACAAUAAAUCAGGAUACCUGACGGACGGUAACCACGCCUGACAGUUUAUGAGGUUGGCUGUCGGGCAGGAGGCGGUGCUGAUCCAAAUCCGCUGGCAUUGGCAUUAUUUAUGCGGGGCAUUAAUUAAAUACACAUUUCUCAAAAUUCGCUUCUUUUACGCCGGGGCGGAAUUCAACGUGUGUUGCGACGUCUGAAUAAUACGGCACAAACCAAAAAUACAAUGGCCGACAGAAAGUAAAACAAAGGCUGAAACACAAAAUAAAUAAAUAAGCGGACGGACGGGCGGUCGUUUCGAGAUUUAUUUCGCUGUUUUAUUUUUUCAAAAAAUAUACACUUUCUGCCCGCCUGUCAAAAGUGUCAAUACAUUCGCGCCCAAAUGCGACAAUGAGUUGUAAAUUAUUGAUGCCUCCUCCACUUUGUCAGCCGGGAAUCUGCUAAGCUCGCGGUGGGUCAUUCUAAAAAUAAGGCAAACUGUUCGCUGUAACUUGUGCGUGGCUAAAAAAAACAAAAAACCCAUCAAAAACUAGAAGAGAAAUUCGAAAAAAUCGCAUUCGAAGCAAAGUGGCACAUGGGAUGCAGCUCAAUGACGCACUUCAGUGACGCAAGUGCGUGCAACUCCGCGACUCCCGAUGAUGCAAGCUGCAAGAUCUAUUCCCGGAAUAGAUUGCGGAAGUGGAGAACAACAAUCUGGGUUUUUCCCACAAAUAAACAAAAUGUAUAAGUGGACCUUUUUGGUAGACACAAUGAUGGUAUCGCAACUUAGGAGGCAUAUUUCGACGGCAUCCACAUGGCAGGCAGUACUAACCAUGUGUAUGACACUUGUGCACGCACACCGCUCCACCGCCUAAUCCCCACCUGCUACGACAACCACCCGACCAUCUGACGAUCCAUCCAUCCAUCCGAGCACCCACUCGACGGAGGCGCACCUAAUUCUCGCAAUAUUCCGCAAAGAGGCGAAAUAAUUUUUGAAGAGGAAUUCGCAUUUUUGUCAUCUAUUUUCCUCGCCUGAAUGUGUCUACUAAUUUGCUUAAUUUCUGUCAAAGACCAACGACGAACGUAUGGGAAUUUCUGGUUGUCUUGGCAACACGUAUGCAAACACAUAAAUAAAAUAAAAGAAAAUAGCACGGA